AUGAGUCUCCUUUUGGACUGGAGCGAAAUGGAGCCACCACUGCGUCGGAAAUACAUGGAGCUUUUUGAGGUGAACGCGAAAACAUAUACGGCGAAGCAUAACGAUUCGUUGCCGUACAAAACUGCGGCGACUCGAAAGCCCCUGUAUGGGAACAGCACGCAAAAUACUUAUUUGAAUCGUUACCUGGGUCAACGGCAACAACAGCAACAGCAGCAACAACAACAACAACAACAACAAGUUGUUGUUGUUGUUGUUGUUGUUUUGGGGAAGGAAGAGGAGCUUUCUUUGGGAGGCGAUGUAGCUUUUGAGGUUGAAGACCAGUUCGAGAACGAAGCGAGAAUGGCGCUGCGUUUGGCGCAUUUCCUUUCGUCAUUCCUACAAGUUGUUGAUCCAAAGGAAGUUUUUGCCGAAUUCCGUCUGGCAGACAAAUCUUUGACAAAGGAUCAGGUGAUCGGCGAAGUAGUCUCUCUUUUGAUGGGAAAUUACAGGAUCCAGAGUGCGGGUGUCUACUGGGAUCGCGACGCAUUUUCCGGACUAGAAAAGGGACAGUCGUUGUUUGCCCCGUACGCGUACAGAACGAAGGCGUCUCGUUCAUUUCAAGUAGAGGAUCAGGCGAGACUGAAAGACUAUAGCGAACAGUACGUGAAUAAAAAUUGGUUCCAGUACCUGAAGAGCAGAUGGUCGACGAACGUGGAGGAACUGAAGGAAUAUUUCCUGAAGAUCAUGAUCCGCCAGAACCGAGAAGGACAUCGAUCUCGUGCUUAUGAACAUUUUCCCAUUAAAAUUAGAUUGCCGAGUAUCAAAGACGGUUGGUGGUCGACUCCAUAUUUCGAUUGCAAAGGACUGAACAAGCAGUGGUUGAUCACUUACGCUGCACCAUUCUUCGGCUGGGAUUCCUUGAGACAUCGCGUGGAAUUCAAAGGGGUGGUCACAGUGAAUAUGGAUUUGAAGCAUUUGGACUUGAACCAAUGCGAUCAAGAAUACUUCGUGCCUAACGCUUUCAAGGACUCACACAAGUGCGAUCGACAAAAUUCAUACUGUGUGCCAAUCCUCGGGCGAGGAUUUGAUACCGGGGGUUACAAGUGUGAAUGCAUCCAAGGUUUCGAGUAUCCUUACCAAGAUCUCAUCACUUAUUUCGAUGGGCAACUCGUGGAAGCUGAAUUUGACAAUUUAGUGAGAGACAAACCAACGAGGUACGACACAUUGAAGUGUCGUUUGGCUGGGGCCUCGCAAAUAACGUCUUGGAGACUAGCAACUUUGAUAAUGAUCGUUUCAGCAAUUGUCCUACGGACUUCGGUAUAAGCUGUGUUAUUUGUAGCAUCCGUCCAGCGACUUGUUGUGAAGCAAUGCAGAAUAUCAUCAAAAGCGCGUUUUCCGUGUGAACUUUGCCGUCCAAGCAGUGAUCAUAUUUCUUAUUGCUCGAUAUGCUUUUCCGUGGUGCGUAUUUUCGGGGAAAAGUUUCUGGAAAUCCUCAUCCUGUGUUCAGCUUCCCUUUUUUUUUCUGAGAGGGAGUGGAAACGAAAUUUUUGAAAAGUUUCAGCGAAGAAUCUUAUUUUGCCAAAGUUAACUUCGAAACAAAAUUUGAAGACGUCUUUCUACUUGUCUUCCGUUUCUGAAACCCCCUGUUUUGACGCAAACGCGAAGGUUAUCGUUUGAGUUGGCAUUCCUUGGAUGAAAGGAUACGAUUGUUUUGAGGUUGUUAUGCUAGUUUUAUAAUCUUGUUAGUCUCAUUUGAUCGCUGAAUCAUUUUAUCUCUCGAUAUACGUUGUGUUUUUAUAUGUUAUUGAAAGCGUGAAUAUUUCGCGACUGUUUUCGACAUAUUUGUAUUUUAAGGAAUCUCUUUUUUUUUGUGGGGUUCCUGAGUGCAUCAUUGAUGGGAGUGAAUCAUGGAAGACCGUGAUUAUUAGCA